UGAUGUGCUCGCCUCGGCCUCCCAAAGUGCUGGGAUUACGGGUGUGAGACACUGCACUCGACCUGUAAUUUCUCAAACAAAACCUUGUAACUGUGUAUAGAUUGUGGCCACUGGGUUUUACAUUGCCUUCCCACACCUUUUGUUUAAGUGAUUGAUUAGUUUGGGUUGGUGGGACCUACCAAGGAUGUGAUAUAAUUAACUGCUUAUCUUUUUCUAUUUUUUUUUUUUUAAAUUAGCUGUGCCAAUGGGAGAUGUACCAAUGGAUGGUAUCUCUGUUGCUGAUAUUGGAGCAGCGGUCUCUAACAUUUUUAAUUCUCCAGAGGAAUUUUUAGGCAAGGCCGUGGGGCUCAGUGCAGAAGCACUAACAGUACAGCAAUAUGCUGAUGUUUUGUCCAAGGUUUUGGGGAAGAAAGUCCGAGAUGCAAAGAUUACCCCAGAAGUUUUCGAGAAGCUGGGAUUCCCUGCAGCGAAGGAAAUAGCUGAUAUGUGUCGUUUCUAUCAAAUGAAGCCGGACCGAGAUGUCAAGCUCACCCACAGACUAAAUCCCAAAGUCAAAAGCUUCAGCCAGUUUAUCUCAGAGAACCAGGGAGCCUUCAAGGGCAUGUAGAAAAUCAGCUGUUCAGAUAGGCCUCUGAACCACACAGCCUCUUUCCUCUCUGAUCCUUUUCCUCUUUACAGCACAACAUUCAUGUUGACAGAACAUGCUGGAAUGCAAUUGUUUGCAACACUGAAGGAUUUCCUGCAGUCCCCUCUUCAGUAGUAAGCACUGUGUUGGUGAUAGGACCCAGUAAUCUGAUUCACAUUUAACUUGCUAGUUAGUGAUAAGGGUGGUACACCUGUUUGGUAAAAUGAGCAGCCUCGGAACUUGGAGCUUCUCCCCUAACACUAAUGGGAAGGCAGAUUAUACUGGGAUUUCUCCUGGGUGAGUGAUUUCAAGCCCUAGCGCUGAAAUUCCCCUAGGCAGCUCCAGUUUUCUCAACUGCAUUACAAAAUUCCCAGUGAACUUUUAAGUAGUUUUAAUUUUAAAAAAUGAACAUCUUUGUAGAGAAUUUUCUGGGGAACAUGGUGUUCAAUGAACAAGCACAAGCUCUGGAAAUGCUAAAAUUCAGUUUUGCUUCACGAUUGGAAGUUUAUUUUCUGAUUCAUUCAUGAAGUCAUCUAUUGGGCCACCAUUCAGUUAUUUGUCUGUUAAUUCCUUGAUCCUUCAUUUAUCCAUUCUGCAAACUUUUCUUGAGCACUAGCACGGGUGGCACAUUUGUGGACUUCGCUUCAUUCCUAUGUGUUUUCUUCUCAGAGUGAUCCCCUCUCAGAAAGGCUCCUUUCCAGUUUGUGGUUGGGUUGGAGUCAGGUCAGGGCCAGAGGGCCCAUCUCCCCAUUUAGCUCUAGGCAAAAUCCAGGGGAUCUGCAGUGGGGAGUGGGGACAGGAAGCUGGAGGGAAGGCCUGUGAAGGGUAGGGAUGUGGCAAGAGGAGGUGACAGAAGGACCCCAUAGGACCUUCCUAUAUCUCUGGCUUAGCAUUUUUUACAUCAUAUUGUAAUCGUCUUAUUUGCUAGUUUUCUUUCUUUCUGUGAGUGACUUACGCUCAUCUUAUCCCAGUGCCUGGUACAUAAUAAGUGAUCAAUAAAUGUUGAUUGACUAAAUGAGUAAA